AUUGGAUACAAUUAUCCGGACGCUGUCGCUUCUGCGCACAUGCCAUUCCAUUCGUAAAGAGGAUGGUGGAGCCAACACUGGCGGAGAAGCCAACUUUGCCCACGAACGUGCAUCGCUAUGGAUGCGUGAAGGACGACAUUAUGUUCGAAGUGCUGGACUCUGUUCUCACGGAGGCGGAGUGUCGUGCGCUGAUCAAUCGCAUGUCGCCGGCGUUGAAGAGCGUGAGCGGCGCGCUGUCGCGGCUGCAUCCGCUGGGCGAGCAGCGCGCGUCCAAAACAGAGUACUGUUUGUCAGUCAUGGAGAACAAGCGAUUUGCCGACGUCAUCUGGCAGCGUCUCAUGGACAGCGAAGCGUUUGCGUCAAUAUACAAGUACACGCAACGAGAAGGGUGUGGCAUGCCGCUAGGGUUGGCGCCUCGCCUUCGUUUACUGCGCUACGAAGGGUCGGAUCGGUUCGACGCCCAUUACGAUCGCAUUGUCCCCGACGAAGCCACCGGCAGCGAAAGCCUCAUCACGGUGCUCAUCUACUUGAACGAUGGCGGUGGCGUGGACUUUAGCGGCGGCGAAACGCUCUACAUAAACCCGGAAAACAUGGCCGAGUCGGUGGGUGUGGUGCCUCAGCGUGGCCGCGUCGUCCUCUUCGAGCAUUGCUUGUACCAUUCUGGGUCGCCCUUGCAACAUAUCGACGACAGCGCCAACCAGCGCAAAUAUGUCAUGCGCACAGACAUUCUGUUUCGGAUACAAGCCAAAAACCACGACAAAUACUAGGCUCCACAUAAUGUUACUAUUAAUAGUAUUAAUAGUAGCUAUAGUAGUAUAAUAUUAACCCCCUAGGA